UUUUUAUUUUUUAUUUUUUAUUUUUAUUUUUAUUUUUUUUGGUCAUGCUCAAACCUGCUCCAAAACCUUCUGCUUCCUUGACUUUUGUUUCUUAUAUUCUUCCACGAAUAUAUUUUUUUACUCUUUUUCUCCAACCUCAACUCUAUCGAUCUUCCUAUCCUCCCUCUGCUUCUUCCUCCCUCUGCUCUCCUUGGUUCUUCUCGUCUAUCGCUCUCUUCUUUUACUAUUCUUCUUGCUGGCCUCCGUCUAGCCUGAUCGUUGCUCUAUCUAACUCCACCUCUCUCUGCUGCCGCCGGGGCUGAUCCUCCACACUCAAUUACUGCCGUGUUUGCUGCCAAUUCUCUCCCCUUUCUCGCCUCGUUUCUACUUCUUCCACGACUGUUCUCCUCCUUCUUCUGCUUCUCCUUCUUCUUGUUGCUCUUCCGCUUUGUUUGCAUCUUUCUUUUCAUUUUCCUCCAAAGUUUGACUCCUCACCCUACGCUCUUUCACGACAAGCUCUCCCUCUGAGACUUGCUGUGGAAGAGUCCCCCUCGGCCAAUCCUCAUCUUUCCCCAAAAAUGACUUCUUUCAAGGAAUCCCUCUCUUCCACCCCCUCACGGCCCAUUAGCCAUACCACUCCUCCUCUCCGCCAAUCCAAUGGCCGUCACCAUUCCCACUCCGUCUCCCUCGGCGCCAUCAACAUCAAUCACCGUGUCACCCGCCGAAAAAGCAUGAACUCCACCGCCGCCAGCAAUGCCGCUACCGCUGCCGCCGUCGCCGUCGCCAUGGGCGAAUCCCCCAGCGCCGCGGCCUUGUCCACUUCCACCUCCUCCCACCACCACCACCAUCACCACCGCCGAGGCCUGAGCACUCGAAGGGCCAUCGAAUCCACCUCCAUAGGUACCGCGUCGGGCUUUGGCUCUUACCUCGCCCGGAACGCUGCCCAGAACUGCACCCCGGGACGCAAGAAUUCGCCCAAUUCCAUUGACGAGAAUACCGCGGUGGAAGAUGUCUCCCCCCUUGGCGGUAGCGGUGCUAGUGCAAUGAACAGCAGUACGGGGAAACCCAUUGGUACGAAGCAACGGAGUCGUCGAGCAAGUGAGGGUGCUCACCUCGUCCGCGGAGAAGGCAAACGAGUCAUGAACGAGCUGAGAUGUGAACGGUGUGGGAAGGGAUAUAAACAUAGCAGCUGCUUGACGAAGCAUAUGUGGGAACACGACCCAGCAUGGGCCUACACAUCCAAGCUCCUCAUCUCGAAACACCAGCAAGUUCAGCUCCUCGAAGCUGCCACCGUCCUGGUAAACAUGAACCCUGAAACCCCAGCGUCUUCGUUCGACCAGCAACAACGCACAGGAGAAUCCGACCGCUCCUCCGCCUCCCCGACCGCAUCCGGCAUCUCAGAGCUCCGCGAUGGCAUCAGCUCAGCAGAAACCACCCCACCCCCGGCCGGCGAAGAAGGCAUCUUCUCCACCACUACCCCAGCGAAACCACCACCUCCAGGAACCUACUCCAGCCCUCACAAUCGCAACCACAGCCUCAGCCACAACCACCGCUUCAGCGCAAACAGCUUCUCCCGCUCCUUCCAAUCCAUGCCCUCCAGCUCCUUCACCGGCAGUGCACCCACCUUCUCCCCCUCCCGCUCCCAUUUCCGCCAAUCAAGCACAGACACGCGACCCUCCACAGCGGAAACCGGCGGCCUGCUAGACGACGACGAAGCAGGACUCGCGGCCGCCAUUGAGCUGUGCCAUUUCGGCACGCCCCGCAGCGGACCCGUGCCCAUGUCCCCGGAUAUCCCGCCUGUCCCACCGUUGCCUGCGAGGUUCCUGGGGAGCCAGAGCAUGGGCGUAGGUAUGGGAGGGGGGAUGGGGCUCGCUAACAACAACCGUGAUAAUAACAGCAGCAACACCAACCACACCGGCAGCAUCAACAGCAUCAACAGCAUCAACAGCAUCAACAGCAUCAACAGCAUCAACAGCAUCAACAGCAUCAACAGCAACACGCGCAGUUUCGACGCGCUCGCCAGCGCCGCAAGGCACGAAGCCUCCUCGAUACCCACCAUCUACAACCCGCUAAGCCUGCACCCGUCCCUAUCCUACCGCGUCUCUGACGUGCGGGACGUGAAGAUGGAUGACGUGCCGUUGCUGGAUAGCCGGGGCCGACGCCGCAGUGGCAGCAGCAACAAGGCGAUGCUGAAAGCCAAGGCUAAGACUAAUACCAAUCAUAAUGAUGACGAUGAUGAUUUUGCGCAGGAUCGGGAUCGGGAUCGGGGGGGUUCUGGUGUGCCGAUGGAUGAUGACGAUGAUGGUGUUUUUGGGCGGAUGGAGGAGUGA